AUGAGUAUGGAAAGUGUGGAAGUCUACUUGGCAUUCAGGGACAAGACCGGCAGAGAGAAGGUGGCGGUAAAGUUCAUUACAUGGUUGCCAACCGCCGUAAAACCCAAAGAAGAAGAAGCUGUCCGUGGAACGGUGACAUGGAUCUAUAAUAAUAACGGGGACGGUGAAUACAAUGGCGCUUUCACCCACAAAAAGAAAGGAAGAGGACAUGAAGGUGCAUCCAGCGGCAGCAGUAGCUCCAGUUCCAGCUCCUCUUCUGGCUCCUCUUCCUCUGGCUCCAGUCACACAGGCUCCUCCUCUUCAGACUCAUCUUCGUCCUCCUCUUUAUCGUCCUCCCCCAGCACCAGCCGCCAGCGCCACAACAGACGCCGCUCACGCUCCAUGUCAAAAUCUACAAAGAAAGAAGAGGGAGAUCGGCGACGGCGAAGCCCCACCCCCAAACCCACUAAACUGUCCCUGGGCCGCCUCACCAGGAACGUGGUGAAGGGGCAUAUUCAGGAGAUCUUCUCCACUUAUGGUGAAAUCAAACACAUAGAGAUGCCCAUGAACCGUUUACAGCCACAUCUGUCCAAAGGCUACGCUUAUGUGGAGUUCCAGAGUCCUUACGAGGCCGAGAAGGCCCUUAAGCACAUGGACGGAGGUCAAAUCGACGGACAGGAGAUCACAGUGACAGCUGUCCUCACCCCCAUUGUCCGACCGCCCCCCCGCAGACUCCCCCCUCCCCCACCCAUGUGGAGACGCUCCCCACCCCGCAUUAGGCGCAGGUCUCCUCGUCGUCGUUCCCCGAUCCGCCGUGGCUCUCGCUCUCUCGGUCGCAGACGUCACCGCUCACGAUCCAGCUCCAACUCUUCACGUUAA